GUUGUGAGGAUAUAAUCGCGGAGGGUAUUUCCCUGGACAAUCUGAUCAGUGUGUUGUCAUGGAGCUCAGAACCCCACGGGUCAAAGUGGGUCCAUAACCAGGCCCUCCAUUUCAUCCGUGAGGAAUUCCUUCAGGUUGUUCACUCCUCAGUCCUCACUGAACUGUCCAGAGAGUACCUGAAGGAGGCCCUGGCCUCAGACUUUUUACAGGCAGGUGAACUGGAGAUUCUGUCAGCCAUUAUCAAGUGGGGAGAGAAUCACUUAGUGAAGAGACUAGAGGAAAGAGAGCCCAACUUACUUAGCCAUACAGCACACAGCAUCAGUAAAAAGGGUGUGAAGAAACGCGAUCUCAAUGAUGAAGAAUUAAAGGAUAUUCUCUCUGAUUUCCUGUGCUUAAUAAGGACAGAUCAUAUCCUACCCCAUAACAGUGAUGUUCUUAACAGUGCAAUAAAACGAGGGCUUGUCAGUCGACCGCCCAGUCACAUGAUCGGAGAUGAGGGGUUUGUAGUGCCGUCAUCUUCCUGGAUACGAGGGAAAAACAAUGGCAUGUUUGUUAGGCCCCGAUUAUUUGGUCCAUAUUAUGAAGAUGCUAAGGCUGUACUGGAGGAGCGCCUCUCUCAGGGUCAGGAUCACGAGUCGGGGCGUGUCAGAACCAUUCAGAUGUCCUCCAUACCAGACACACUGUACAUGGUCGACAACAGCCAGUAUCCCAGUAACUACGUCAACCCUCCUAGCUGUAACACCGUGGAUAUCAUAGCAGGAACCAUACCAGUACCUGAUAAUGCCACAAUACACAGAAUGCUACACAGAGAAAGAGAAUUACAAAGUAGUCCCACUGCCCAGAGAGCUCUAACCCUGCCAUUAAGUGAUCGUCGGGCCGUCUUCUACCAGCUCCGGCUGAGAACAGUCCGGGAGUUUGGACUGCCAGACUCUACAGUAGAGGUGCUACAGAACACGACUUCUUACUACCCGCCCGAUCCACUACCUCCAGCUCUCCCAGCUAAAACACAUUCACUGAAAAAGUACCUGAUAUCUCCACGAAGACGGAAGCAGAGCCCCCCUCUCAGCAAGAGGACCCCCUUAGGGAGCCCCACCAAACCUGUACAGUGUGUUCCUCCCACUCGCUUAUCACAAGGGGCCUCAAGAGAGACUGACUUGAGUCCGUGUAGUGACAGUGCCUUAAGUGACACCAUGCCUGACAUAGCAAUGGCAUCAGCCUCACUCAGUCAGAUCAACCUUCAGGAUGAGUUUGACCUUGACAUUGGAGAUAGAGGGAGUCACCAUGGCACACUGUACAUUUAAUGUAUACCUGUGUCACAUGACUGGGAUUGUUUUUGUCUUAUUUAUUAUUACAGACUAGAGUUACCACCUCAGUGUUAUUUAUUAUCCAAAAGAUUUCUAUUUUUAUUCUUUGUUGUCACAUAUCAGAACAUUUCAUUACAUGUGUAGCAUGGUCAUUUCACUCAUAAAAGAAUUGAAUUUACAGUUUCUACAUAAUUUGUUGAUUUUUUGAAUUACCUCUGCUUUGUGUUAAUGCUAAAUGUUUAUCAGAUUUUUUUAGUACUGAUUCAAAAUUAGCAAGCCAAAGUUGUAUUAAAAUUCUAGUUUAAAAGUAGUUUUUAUUCAGUAUGGAAAGACAGUUAUCAACAAUUUGAUGAGGUUGAAUGGUAAAUUUACUUAUUGUACAUGUAUUUUGUAGUUACCAAAUUCAAAAAGCAAGUUUUUUUCUUUAGUUGAAAUUUUUUGAUGUUUUUAUCUGAAUCCUUCGUUAGAUAAAAAAGUGUA